AUUGCUUUGCCAUUUGGAGACCUGUCCACUGCCCUUUCUCCGGCCCGCGACUAUAUAAUCCUUCCAUUUCAUGCAAUUUCUCAUCCAUGGAUUGUGACAGGAUGCAGGAGCCCUUCGAGGAGGAAGAUGACGAUGUUUUCUACUGCGAACUUCGCAGGCAAGUCUUGCAAUUGAUGGCUGAAGACGAUGACGAUGAUGUUUGUGAGGCGAAGGCCAUGGAGGUCCGUAAACAAGGCCCGUGUAUUGGCGCUCCGCAGCCCGUUUGCUAUCACGGAUGGCCCGGGAUUAAGGAGGGCUGCGAUUUUGCUGCGCCUGCAUGGAUCGUCAACCUGUGGCGAAGUGGAAACGGGACCGGUGUUUUCAUACCUCAAGGAGUUCAGUCUAGAAGAAAAAACAGAUCAAGAAGGAAGAAUAGUAGAGGAAAGGGACACAAGCGAGCAGAGAGAAUGAAUUGAGUGGCAGAAUCAUUUUCUACUAUAGCAUAGUAUAUGUAAAGAUAAAAUAGAUAUGUAUGGAUUUAAUCUGUAUUUUCAUAGUGA